AUGUCUGUCGGAGUGGCUAUCAUUGGAAGCGGCAUCUUCGCUCGCGAAGAGCAUCUGCCUGCAGUCCAAGCAGCAAAGGAGUUCCAGCUGAAAGCCAUCUAUUCCCGCUCCCUCAAAUCAGCCCGGGACCUCGCAAACGGGACUACGGGCGUUGACCUCUACUCCGAGGACUCUGGCCCUGGAAAGGGUUACGCAGAUUUGCUCGCCCGCGAGGACAUCGCGGCGGUUGUUAUCGCUCUCCCCAUCCUGGUCCAGCCGGAUUUCAUCCGCAAGGCCCUGACAGCAGGAAAGCAUGUGCUGUCCGAGAAACCGAUUGCCAAGGACGUUGCCACGGCGCGGGACCUGCUGCAAUGGUACCAUGCCAACAUCGACACCAGCAAGAUCCUCUGGGCCGUCGCAGAGAACUUUCGGUACAUGACCAAGUUCCUGCGCACGGCGGAGGAAGUGCAGAAGCUGGGGCGGGUCAAGAAUUUCCGGGUGAAUUCUCACGCGCUGAUCUCCACGGACUCGAAGUAUUUUAAAACCGCAUGGCGCCAAACCCCGGGAUACCAGGGUGGAUUCAUCCUCGACGGCGGUGUCCAUAUUAUAGCAGCUCUGCGAUUGAUUCUCGGGUCGAGCGAUCCCGUCGCUACGAUAUCCGCACAGUCCUGUCUCCAGCAGCAGCAUCUCGCUCCCCUGGACACGGUGGACGCGGUGAUGAAGACCAGAUCUGGCGCUACGGGUGUGCUGUCCUUGUCGUACGGAUCAGCAUUUGAUGACUCGGUUUUCGAGUUUGACUGCGAGGGGGGCGUGGUCGCUUUAAACUUUGACACCCUCUCAAUUAAAGGCGAGAGCAAUGAGCUCGCCUUUGAUGGACGAGGUGUUAGCCGUGAGGUCGCUGUAUUUGCUACGACGAUUGCCAGCGGUGGUUCCAUCGAUAAGCGACAGAGUCCAGAAGAGGCGCUGGCUGAUUUGGAGAUUAUGGAGAAGAUGUUGACGAGUGGCGAGAGAGACGGCGAGAGACAGGGCGUGGAGUUACAAGUGUAG